AUGAUUGUUCACAUAACUCAAGCAUACACACUUGAAGUUCAACUAAGCUUUGUCUCGUCCUGUCAUGUAUAUGUAACUGAUUGUAAUGAAACAGUGAUAAGAGAUGCCGGACAUAAAUAUUGUGAUGGUAAUCUAUGGCACUGGGAUGAGGCUACUGAAGCACAGUAUUGCUUACAUAUAUAUCCUCUUACAAAACCAGGUGAUAAUAGAUAUUGUCGAGCAUCGAAAGAUGCUUGUUUUAAAGUCGAUGGUGACCUCAUACUUUGGGGCAUAUAUACAUGUGGUGAUCCUUCUUAUCCUUGUAAAACCUGA